AUGGAAGCCCAUACAGGUCUCGUCCUCAAAAUACACAAGAGUUCAAAAGACGAAUACUCUAGAGAGACUGUAUGGAAACAUUCAAAACGUAUGAGCUUGAAAUGGAGCAAGAUGAAGAGAUUGAGAAAAGCCAAAGAAAGGGCAUUCAUCUGUGCUCUAAUUGCAUCGCUGAGGAAUACUGUCAAGGACAAAGGGAAAAUCCAAGUUGAAGAAACUGAAAGUUGGUCCUUUGCAAAUAUGCAAAAGCCUAAAGUUGAGAAGAAGUCAAGUGAAACAUUGACUACCAAAAAGAAAUAUUAUGACUUCUCAAACAAAGGAAAGAGCAUUCAUCACAAAGAAGGUGAUGGGGCAGCUGGAGAUGAUUCUGAUGAGAGGAGGAGUUGGCAAUCUAGCUCUAUGGCCAACUCCAACAAUCAAGAAGAAAACACUGAAGCAGUAGUCAAGGAAAAUAGUAGGAUUAAGGAAGCUAACACCUUUCUUAGUGAUAUAAACGUUGGCUUAAGAAGCUCAAUGUAUUUGAGUUUGAGAGCGGAAAAUGGAGUGUCCAGACAGCCAAGGAUGACUCUUGGUUGUUCGAAAAGAGAAGAGAUCAUAAGAAAGCAGCUUGAUAAGGAACAAGAGAAUUAUUGCCAAAUGGAAAUCAGAACAAGAACAGAAGAAGUUGAUACUAGUGAGCAUAUCGGGAAACCACAAGAAGAAUUUGUGGGUACUGUGGAUAGUGGAUGCUCCAGGCACAAUGGACUGGUGAUUCUUACUCCGGUCACAAAGUUGUGGAGAAAGCUGGCCCUAGCAUUAACCGUUGGAGAUGACAAAGCAAAGAUAACUAUGGGAUAUGGCUUGAUUGAUAUGGCUUCCAACAUUCCCAAAUUCAUCAAGCGCUCCACCAAGUAUGAGGAUUUGUUCGGGGAGGCCUCCGAUUCUCAGGCCCCUCUCCCUGUAAAGCCACUCUCUCAGCUCCCUUCCCCCUCUCUGGAGCAAAAGAAGACCUCCUCCGGGGGUCGCAAGCGGGACCCCUCCAAGACUGCUGAGGGGGGGUCUUCAGCUGAAGGCCGUACAAGCAAGAAGCCCAGGUUAGCCCUGGCCCGCAGCUCUCCCGCUUCCUCCUCUUCUCAAAAGACUCAGCUCUUUCAGCGGAUGCUCUCCGACCAGAUCCCCGAGGCUACUGUCCGGGAGUGGGACAGGCUUUCAAUAGCCGAGGCCACCCGCGAUAAGGUGGUGGCCAACGCUAAGAGCCUGUUCCUCGAUCUGAAGAUGGGGGAGCACGUUGCUGACACAGCCCGGGUCAACGAGAAGAUGAGGGCGGAUUUGAAGCAGGCUAAGGCAGACCUGGCUUCCGCUGUCAAAGACAGAGAUCUUGUGCGGGUGGCCAACCAGGAGCUGAAGGAGGCUGAAGCCAAAGUCCGUGAGGAGAGGAGGAAGGAGGACGCUGUGAGGCGUUCCUUGGAGGAGGAGACAGAUGGCCUGGGGAAGAUGGUGAAGAGGCUGGAGGGCCAGGUGAAGGAGCUGCAGGAGGCUGCCGCUGCUGCAAAGGCGAUGAGGAAGGAGCGGGAGGCCGCCGUUUUCGAGGCCGGAGUUGCCGCAGGGGUCAAGGAUUGCGUGAAAUCGGCCUACCGCUUCUUCCCUGACAACGAUUGGGCCAAGUUGGGGCCCGACGCUGCGGUAGCCCUUGAGGAGGCAAAAGUUGAAGACGCCACCAGCUCUGGGAAAGCCGAAGCCAGCGCCAAGGAAGUUCUUGGGGGUACUUCUGAGGGAGAAACUGCGGCUAAGGACCGACAGGAGGCUGAGAAGGCAUCCCUUCCGGAACUUGAUGUGGUGGCCCAGGUGGAGGCCUUAGUUGUGGCUCCCUCCCAGAAUGCAAUCUCCUCGGAUGCCCUGGCAAUCGAUGAAGACCCCAAGGCCUCCUCCUCUCCAGCUGAUUCCUAA